AUGUUUUAUACAGGCUGGGAGUUUCUUGCGCCGACGUCCAUGAACGUCAGGGCACUCGCAGCGGAGAUGCGUCACACACACUCCUCCAGUCCGGCGGGUGACUCCUUCGUUUCGCAGCAGCUGCUGUCUGCAAUCACUGCCUCCCCAACGCUUGCCCCGCCGCUGCACAGCACAACAGACACGGCACCUCCGUCCUCUGCCACAGCCGCCGCCGCUACUGCCGAUGCUCCUGCUGCGAGUGCAGAUUUGGAGACAACACUGAAGCCUUCCGAGGUGCCAAAGUCCAAAAGCCCAAUGAACGCGACACCGAAGGCGCGGCACCCGCAUCGUCCCCGCUCCUCUGAUGGCCGGAGCGGCCGCAACAACGUCGGGUGUGUUUUGCACCUCGCUCCCCGACCCGCGCUGUCGUACAAGGAGAUGGAGCAGCAGCUGCAGCGCCGCACCACUGGGGCGUCGGACUGCUUCCACGUGAAGAGCAACCUUCCCAUUCUCGCACAAAAUGGUGUACUCUUAAUGGAGUGCGUGGUGGGCCGCCCCACGGAGUCUGGUAACUCCUCCACAGCAGCGAAGGGAGACAGCAAACAAGCGACGCUGACAGCCGAGGCGAAGACGAAGCCUGCGUCGCCGACACCGUCGAGCAAGCACCCGCUGCCGGCUCUGGUGGUGGGCGUCUGUCCGCGUCAGCUACCGUGGUUUAACCUGCCAGGAGAGGCAAACAACAGCAUCGGCUUCUACGUGACGCAGCGGCACAUCGUGAAGCAUGGGGGUGAGGACACAGACGAGGUCAUCGUGCCGUGCGAUAUCGGCAACAGCGGCAGCGGUAGUGGAGGUGGUGGUGGUGGCCGCAUCGGUGAGGGAGACGUGGUCGGGUGCCUGGUCGACCUCAUCCAGCACACGCUAUCCUUCACCGUCAAUACACAAAUUGUGAGCACCCAUUCAAUGGACCCCGCCGCCGAUGAUGGGAGUUUGUAUUUCGCAAUCGGCCUCGCGCGGCGUCCGCAGCUCGCGACCGACAUCACGGUUCGCUUCUACACCGGUUCGGCGUGCCUCAGCGAUGCCGCGCCACGUAUCCACGCAGCAUCGCCUGGCGCUCCGCCACCGCACCAACCGUGUUUUCCACUGGCGCAGUACGUCCGCGCACUCGCCAUCGCCUCGGUGCGUCAACGCGGCCUGGACGCCGCCGACGGGGAAAAUCACGCAGGUGGUGCUGCAGCGGCGGCCGGCAGCAACAGCACCUCACGGGUGGAGGUGGGUGCGGGGGACUUCAUGUCUGCCAUAGCUGAAAAGGAGAGCCAACCUGCGUCGGCAGCUGCCGUGGAUGGCGCGUCGCUGUCGCCUUUGGCGGGGCGGUCAGCCGACGCCACUGCCACGGCCGUCCCCUCACCGGACGCAAUUCGUGACCUUCGCUUCUCGGCGGUGCUGCGGGAUUACUUGUGUGCUCGCGGUAUGGCACGCACGUUGAAGGCGCUUGACACGGAGCUGAACUGCUUGAUCCCGUCGCACGCUCGGCUGUACACGCAGACGUCCUCGGAAGACCGCGACGACGACGGUGCGGCGGCGGCUCACAAAGCGAUCACCACCUCUUGCACCCCGCACACGAAGGCCACUGUGGAGCAGAACAAAAGCAGGCGGAGAGAUGAGUUGUUGUCUCAACGAACGCCACACGCAGGGGAGACACGUGCGGCAUGGCAGGCCUACGCAGACAGCAUGGCCGACCUCCGCCGCACACUGCUGACGCCGCCCGGUGCGACCGCGAACCCAACCAAACCGGCGUCGUGUCUGCCCGACUUGCUGCUCGAGCACGUGCUCUGGCGGCCUUCCCUGAUCGCUGCCUCUGUUCGGUUUAUUCACGAGGGCACCGAGGCCGCGCCGGCUGCGUUGACGGAGCAGAAGCGUAGCUCUCCUCCCCACGCGUCGCUUCUGAAGACGACCGCCGCUGCACCGCACGUGGGCGGCGGCCACCGCAGCAAGCUUAAAAGCAAGAGCAACAACGAGCACCGCCCAGCCGACGCGCAGCGACUCCCGCCGUCGACACCCUCGUCGGCCGCACCCGCUCUGUCCCCGUAUGCGUGGUUUCGCCACUGCGUUCCUCCCGCCCUGCUCACCCUUUGCUUUCUCACGCUGCGUCAAGACAUUCGCUAUCUUCUUCACGCGCACUACGCCGUCGAGGAGAUGUGGCGACUGCUGCGCGAAUGCCUGCGGAAGGCAAAGGACACCUGUAAAGCGGCAGAGAAUGAAGGAGCAGCUCGGGACGGCCCACCACCGCUGGCCGCCUUCACCUUCGCGCCGACGAUGGACGCGGAGCACAACGCGGUGGCCGCCUUUAGCCACUUUUUCACACAUCUGAUGUGGGACGUCGGCCACGCGCUGCCCUCCGCCGUCGCACGCGUGACGCGCGCACCGCAAAGCGAGGGGACGGCGGCACUCGAAACAGCUGCCUCCCCUCUCCAGCUGCACGCAAAGGCAGUGGAGGGGUUGGCCGGGCUCGCCGGACACGGCAGCGAUGCCCUCCCCCAGCUGCUUCGUCGUCACGGAAAGGCGUUGGAGGACGGGCGAGAUAUGCGUGGGCUGCGCAGCGAGGCACACCAGUUUCGCACCCUCGCUGCGGCGCACACGGCAUCUUUGCGGGCGACACCGGAGAGAAGGAUUUCGUCGGGGAAGCACGGCGGGCUCGCUCGCGCACUCUCCUCUUCUGCUUCUACUGCUGCUUCUUCUCAGGUUGAGGACGCCGUUCUCUUCCUGUACAGCAGCGCCGUCGUCCCCGCCGCGGCGCCGUCUCGCUCGGCGCAGGUGCGGCUCUUGCAGACACUCUGCAGUCUCUUCACACACACCCUGAGCACCCUGCGCCAGCUGCAAGAACUUUGUCGCGAUGAGGACGCGAACGGCGCCUCUUCGGUCGUCCCAAACAAUGAGCUGCACAGCAUGGACAAGAACAAAAGUCGGCGAACCGGCGUGCAGGCGGUGUUGGCGUCCGUUGACCUGCUGGAGGCACUGCUGGACACGGUUCAGCAGCGUCUUGGCCAGCUUGUGUGGCGACGACUUGUCCACGCCCUGGAGGAGGUGAACUGCCAGCUGGAGGAACGACUCAGUUGGUGGCAAACUGCCACCGCAGAGGGGGCCGUCUCCGCACAGGACAAGGACAAGGCUGGCGAUGCAAAGCCGAUCUCGCUCAAGGACGGCAGCGGUUCGGUCAAGUCACCCCGACGCCACGAGCCGAUCAACGAGUGGACGACGGACUACGCGGUCGAUGACGGCACCGCCGGCAGCGAAGACGAAGAAGAAGAAAGAGAGGCAGCAGUUGACGUAGCAGAAGAUAAACACACCAGCACCAGUGCGGUGGGAGAGGGAGAUGGCGCGACACUCGAGCGAGCGCAAAGCGAAUCCCCCUCCGUCAGUUUCUCGUCCUUUCAAGCAGCACCGACCACCGACGAUGAUCAAGUCCGACUGGAUGAAGAUCAUGAACGAAACGAAGAAGGGAAUUCGAAAAGCAAGAACGGCGUCACCCCACGCGCACGUCACGCGUCGUACGAAGCCCUGACGGAGUCUCUGCCCCCGCUGCGGCUGCUGUGGCGUCGUGUGGCGGCGCGUGCGGCGUUGGAGCCGUCACGGCACUUAGUCACGACUCUGUUUGUGCAGGAGCUACGCGCGUCCCUGCUGCUCGCCCCGCAUGCGAACUGGAGGGAGAGCACGACGAGUGAGCGGGCGGCGACUGCAACAACGGCGACGGAUGUUGCAUGCGGUGGUGCAACCGUCUCGGUGAAGCGCCCGCUGAACGUUGACGCGGCGGAGGACGUCGAGGACGGCGUUGAUGCCGGUCAUUCUAUCAGCUCGGCAGGUGGUGUUCGUGACGCCGCCGCCGUUGCCGCAGAGACGCAAUGGUUUACAGAGGAGCUGUACCUCAGCUCUGUGUACAUGAAGCGCGUGCUCAAGCACCUAAGUGGGCGCUAA